AUGCCUACCAACAAUAGAGACUUUUUCGCGUCCCGGCAGGCGUGCUACGCGGUGAUCGUGCUUCUCGCCGCGCUGCUCGCGAGCGGCAGUGUCGCAGUCGCAGCCCCUCGAAAGGGAGCAGUCCCGAGCUAUCCAUGCAGCGCGAAUCCCGCUCUGGCCUCGUGUUCUCCGAAGUAUGCGAACCGGUUCUUCCGGUUGAUCAGCAGCCUCUACGACGGGGCGACGGGGGAAGUCCUAAGUGACCUUUUCACGCUCGGUCGCAACUGGGCCGAGGAUCCACGCCUAACGAACCCGCGCAUCGAGCCGGUUCUCGCGCUGCGCACCGAAGGCAAAUGCAAGUCAUCAUGGGCCAUCACAGCAGUGAGCGCGGUGGAAAUGGCGUACGCGUUAGUGGCUGCCUCGACGCCCUCCAUGGAUCCCCCCAAGCGCAUAUCACUACAGCAGAUUCUGGACUGCAGGAACGCAACGAGCAGCAGCUGUGCGGCGGGCGGGUGGCCGACAGCAGCGCUGGACUACAUGGUGGACGCCACGCUCACGUGGGGGGGGCUUGCGAGCGAGUCUGGUUACGCGUACACGCAGAAGGACGGCAAAUGCAACAGGGGAAAGGCGAAGCAGCAGGCGACGACCAUAGGCAUCACGGGGUACGACCAGGUGGACUACUACGGCUGGCUCGGCCUCAUGCUCGCUGUUUACGUUCAACCCACCAUUGCAUUUGUGCGAGGCUCCUACCCUUCCUUCCAGACCUACACAGAUGGCAUAUACGGCGACCCAGGGUGUGCAGCGGCGGGGGUGGUGGAUCACAGCGUGGUCGUGAUGGGCUACAACAUCACCACGGUGGAGGGCGCCUACUGGAUUCUCCGCAACUCCUGGGGGGCCUCCUGGGGCAUGCAGGGAUACAUGAAAAUGGCCUUUGAGGGAGGCGUUGGCAUCUGUGGCAUUCACUCAGUGCCGGCCCUCUACCCCAUCAUCCAGACGCCCAUGCCAUGCCAGUCACCGCAGAACCCAUGUGGGGGAGGCCAAUGCGAGGCGGGCAUGGGUAGCAACUACGCAUGCACGUGUUUGGAUCCGAUCUUCAUCCCUGUUGCUGACAAAGGCGGCGCGCAGACGUGUGUGUAUGCUGACGUGUGCAGCAUGCAAGAUGACAAUCCAUGUGCGGUCGGCACGUGCAUCAACGAUAAUGUGGGCGGCUUCUUUUGUCUCUGUCCGACGGGAUUUGAACAGGGGUAUCGCCCCAACGGCGCACACACAUGCGUUCCAACCAUCUACCCCAGCUACACCGUCACCUUCCCAAUAGACAUCGACUGUCCGCUCGUCUACCAGCUUUACGGCCUCACAGAGGAGAAUUUUCUCGCUCAGAACCUGCAGCUGAACAUGGAGCACUGCUACACCAUCCCGGCCAACACGCAAGUGAGCAUAGCGCCGCCGCUCAUGGGGGCGGUGCACUGCGUGCUCUACUACUCGUGGACGGCAAGUGACACGUGUCAGAGCCUGGCCGACAUGUUUUGGCUUACACUGGAGGACUUUCUGGCGCUUAACCCCGGGAUAAACUGCACUGAUUGCACCGCCUGGAACGCUCCGAGUGUGAACCAGCAGCUGUGUGUGGCAAAAGGAAGCGGAGGAACGGACCUGCCCAGGCUGCCCAUGUGCACGCGGUGGUACACAGUGCAGUCGGGGGACACGUGUGGGAGCAUCAUGAAGGACUAUGCUCUCAACCAAACCGCCUUCUUCUCGCUCAACCCGGGGGUGGGCUGCGACAGCCUCUUCCCCUCCGUCGGCGGCGGUGCCUUUGGCUGGAGUGGAGACGGCGUGCAGCCUCACUCUCACAUAGUUCCUGCACUGGUCAUUUUUCCCCCUCUGUGCUCCACGUUUGCCCACCCAUCCCCAUGGCAGGUGUGUGUGGAUGCAUACCUCGCUACCCCGGGCCCAUCGCCCUCUCUCUCUCUCACAUCGUUCCCCAUACGCCCAUCUCCCCCCUCUGUGUUCCUCGCCCAUCCAUCCCCAUGGCAGCUGGCCGCUGCUGCUGCUGCUGCUUCUCCUGCUGCUGCUGCUUCUCCUGCUUCUCCUGCUGCUCCUGCUCCUGCUGCUGCUGCUGCUGCUGCUGCUGCUGCUGCUGCUACUGCUGCUGCUGCUGCUGCUGUUGCUGCUGCUGCUGCUGCUGCUGCUGCUGCUGCUGCUGCUGCUGCUGCUGCUGCUGCUGCUGCUGCUGCUGCUGCUGCUGAUGCUGCUGCUGCUGUUGCUGCUGCUGAUACGGCUUCAACUUCGGAUGAUGCUGCUGCUCCAGUUGCUGUUGCUGGUGCUCUCAACCGGCUCACUUUUCCCAGAGAGUUGAUGAGAGGUGGGGCAUGUUGCGACAUAGGCACAUGCACUGGUGUCUCCGCUUUGCAACACUCCAGUUUGACUGUCACAAGGGAGCGACUUGGCAGUAGGGUCUGCAGCAUGAGGUUCAACCACGGGUACGCCAGCAGUGGUGGUUAUGCCAUAAGUGGUUCCACCAGUGGUGGUUAUGCCAUAAGUGGUUCCACCAGUGGUGGUUAUGCCAUAAGUGGUUCCACCAGUGGUGCUUAUGCCAUAAGUGGUUCCACCAGUGGUGGUUAUGCCAUAAGUGGUUCCACCAGUGGUGCUUAUGCCAUAAGUGGUUCCACCAGUGGUGGUUAUGCCAUAAGUGGUUCCACCAGUGGUGCUUAUGCCAUAAGUGGUUCCACCAGUGGUGCUUAUGCCAUAAGUGGUUCCACCAGUGGUGCUUAUGCCAUAAGUGGUUCCACCAGUGGUGCUUAUGCCAUAAGUGGUUCCACCAGUGGUGCUUAUGCCAUAAGUGGUUCCACCAGUGGUGCUUAUGCCAUAAGUGGUUCCACCAGUGGUGCUUAUGCCAUAAGUGGUUCCACCAGUGGUGCUUAUGCCAUAAGUGGUUCCACCAGUGGUGCUUAUGCCAUAAGUGGUUCCACCAGUGGUGCUUAUGCCAUAAGUGGUUCCACCAGUGGUGCUUAUGCCAUAAGUGGUUCCGCCAGUGGUGCUUAUGCCAUAAGUGGUUCCGCCAGUGUUGGUUAUGUCAUAGGAUGGCUCAUAGCAGGAGGGAAGGGCGUGGUGGAAGAGGACAGUGCAGCAGCUGCAGGAAUACAGGUUGUAGAAGCAACGGGAAUGUUGAUUAUAGCAGGGUGGGAGAGAGAAGCGGGAGCGCAGGUCGUAGUAGUAACAGGUGCAUGGGUUGUGAGAGGAGCACAAGAUGUAGCAAGAGCUCGUGGUGAUGUAGCAGGAGUUGAUGAUGCAGGUGAUGAAUGGCUCAAAGGAGGAGUGAAUGAUACAGCAGGAUGCAGAAGUGCAGUGGGAGCAGGAGCGCAUGAUGUAGCGGCAGCAAUAGCGCAGGUUGCAGCCAACGCGCAGGCUGCAGCAGGACUAGGUGCAACUGGAGCGAGGGUUGUAACGGAAGCACAUGCGGCAGCAGCAGGGCAGGGGGAAGAGUAG